UACAACAAAUUUACUAUGUGAAUAUAUUAAAAUAAUAAAAUAUAUUUCGGUAAAAACAUGACAUAAAAUUUAACAAAAUACACGCUUACCGUGAAUGGAACGUGAAACGUCAAAUGUGACAUCUACCUUUACGAUUUUUCUAAUAUUUACGGAAACUUUAAAAAAUUAUAUCUCGUAAACCGGGAGUCUCCGCAACUUGAAAUUUUGCAAAAAGCUUUUUAUUUAUGAGUACUAUCUACAACUAAUAUUGUGAACUUCCAAAUCGACGGACCCAAAAAGAAAGUUUAGCCAAAUUCAUUAAUAAUUUGUGGCGUAGGUAACUUGAAUGAGUUGAAUUAAAAAGACGAAAACGACAUCAGAUUCAGGGAUCGCUGUUAAAAAAGUUAACGCAUGGUAUAAGAUGCAAUAUGAACCCUAUUGAAUUAAGUAGGUAUAUACCGCAGUCUCCAAGAAUGCCGAACUAUCCACGAUUUUGUUUUCCGAAUACUCAAUGGCGAUUCAACUAUGGCCCACGUGUGUCUUCUUGGUCGAAUCAAACCCAAUCCAUUAUUGAUAGAAAUGAAGAACAUUGGUGUGAAACUUGUGAUAGAGGAUUUCCUAAUGCAGUCAUUCUGGAGAAACAUAAAAAUCAACAUGAAAAAUGCAAUAUAGAUGGAUGUGGAUUUGUAGCACAUCCAAAGAUAAUAACCAAACACAUACAAAUGCAGCACUCGACUGGUCUUUACAAAAAAAUUGCUAAAUUAAAUAAUCCAGAGGAAAUAAAGACAUGGCGAGAAGAAAGAAGAAGAAACUAUCCAACACAAGCUAAUAUUGAGAAAAAAGCUGCAAUGGUUAGGGAGAAAAUUGAAAGAGGUGAAAAAAUGGGACUUUCAAGAGACAAGAAUAUGUGUGACAAUAAAAAAUCAGGUAUGAACAGAAAAUACAAAAGUGAUAAUAGGAAAUUCAAUAACAAAUGUGAACUAAAUAGAAGAAAACCAAUUGAACAAAAAUUUAAAGCAAAUCAGAAACCUUCCCAAACACCAUUUAAAAAAACAAAAGUUCUACCAGUUCUUGAUGAGAAAAGAUCAAUUAAACCAUUUUUUGGUAUCCAAGAUAUUCUGUCAGAAAGUGUAACUCCAGAAGAUAUUAUGGAAACAGAAAAAUUUGACCUUGGCAUUGAAGAUGAUGAUGUGAGUGAAGAAAAUGUACCUAACACAAAAACAAACAUUAGUUCUGAGUCAACUGUAUGUAAUGCCCUUUCUUCACUUAUUUGUGAAUAUGGGUCUUCUGAUGAUGAUGAGUUUACUGUAUCAAAGGAAAACAUUAUUGACAAAUGUAACCAAAAUUCAGAAACAAAUGGAAAUCUUCAUAAAGUCAACUCAGAACCUAAAAGUGUAGCCAUACCUAAUUUAAGUGUACCUGAAAUGUCAGAACAUAAAAGAAAAGAUAGUAAAAGCUGUCUUUUGGAUGUUGAUGAUGAUGGCCCUGAAGAAAUAGCAAUAUUAAAGAAGGACAUAACAGAACUUACUCCGGAUAUAAUACCUGAUAAAAAAUCAGUUCCUAUAGAGAAAAAAGAAAAAAUUAAGAGUUACCCUACAAAAGUAAUUAAAAAACCACCAAGGUCAAGGGUGCCCUCUACACUUUUACAAAAACUACUUUUUAAGGAAGUGAAACAGGAACGUAAUAUUAUUUUGCAGUGUAUAAGACAUAUAAGAAAAAACAACUAUUUUACCAAAUAAAUAUCGAUGCUUGAAAGGCAAACGUGACUAAGCGACAAUAACUGCUUUGUACAUAAAUGAAAUGAUUUUAAUAGACCUAGAAAUAUAUAUUUUUUGCACA